AUGGCCACAGCCGAUGAGAGAACCGGUAUCCCCUACCAACGUGAUGGUAUGAAUGCCGCUCGGGCCGAAUUUUAUCGUGGCCCAAAUAUGGUCAUUCCUCCCAAGCAUUUGAUGGCCUCUACUUCUGACCAUAUCCCCAAACUAUCCGAUAUGAACCAACAUCAAGAGGAAGUCUCGUCUGAAGAGGACAAUUCACCAAUCAAUACGCCUAUGCCAAACCCUCCUACGGUCACCAGUGAUGAUUUUGCACUCGCUUUUGAUAUCGAUGGCGUUCUCAUCAAGGGCGGGCAACCCAUCCCUGAAGCUGUUGAUGCCAUGAAGUAUAUCAAUGGUGAAAACCCAUACGGAGUCAAAGUUCCCUACAUUUUCUUGACCAACGGAGGCGGCAAAACAGAGAAAGAGCGAUGCCUCGAUCUCAGUCGCCAACUCGACCUGGAUGUUGACCCAGGCCAGUUCAUCUGCGGCCACACGCCAAUGCGCGACAUGGCAGAGCGGUACCACACCGUUCUAGUCGUCGGUGGCGAGGGUGAAAAAUGCCGAAUCGUGGCUGAAGGAUACGGAUUCAAAGAUGUCAUCACGCCCGGAGAUAUCAUCAAGACAAGACACGACACCACGCCCUUCCGAACAUUGACAGACGAAGAGUACGAGAGCUCCCGCCUGCUCGACCUCGACAAGAUCAGAAUCGAGGCCGUCUUCGUCUUCGCAGACAGCCGCGAUUGGGCCGGCGACCAACAAAUCAUCCUGGACUGCCUCAUGACCGAAGACGGCUGGUUGAACACACGCUCGAAAACCUUCAACCAAGGACCGCCAGUCUUCUUCUCGCACACCGACGUCGUCUGGUCAACAUCACAUGAGCACUCGCGUCUCGGAAUGGGAGCGCUGCGCGCUUCCCUCGAGGCUGUUUACCAGGCUUUGACCGGCAAGAAACUCAACACCAUGGCCUUUGGCAAGCCCCAGAUCGGAACGUAUCAAUUCGCCACCCGACUUUUGCAAGAGUGGCGGAAGGAAUCCUGCGGCAUCGACCGCUCCCCGUCUACUGUCUACUUUAUCGGCGAUACACCUGAGUCUGAUAUCCGUGGCACGAACGAGUUCAAUGAGAUCACGGACAAUGACUGGUUUUCGAUCUUGGUCAAGACUGGUGUCUACCAGGAUGGUGCUACCCCGCGUUAUAAGCCCAGGAUGACUUGCAAUACUGUCUUUGAUGCGGUCAAGUUUGCCAUUGAACGCGAGCACCGGAAGAAUUCCAAGGGUGAGCUGGGUUCUGACUAA